AUGGGUCGCCCCAAGACUGUGAAAACACCCGAACAAGUGGCCGUCGCGCAGGCCAAGCGCCGAGAGAAAGACAGGGAGCGCAAACGCCUUGCACGGCAGAAGUCAGAGGUUGGCGCAAACCAGGCGCAUCCCGCCGUGCAAGCCAGGAAGAAGCGUCGGCGUGACGAUGAAACGGUUCGUGCUGCCGAAGCAGCAGCGAAGCGUGAGCGACGUCAGGAUCCCGCAGUACGGGCUGCCGAGGCUGAAGCGAGGCGUCUUCAGCGGCAAGACCCUGCAGUACGAGCUGCCGAGGCAGCGGCGAAGCGUCGUCGUCGGCAAGAUCCUGCGGUACGUGCCGCUGAAGCCGAAGCGAAGCGGCGCGAACGGCUACUCAAGGCAGAGGGAGCAACGAAGCCCUUCAAGCGAGUGUUCCUCGACAACCCCUUUGGCUUCGGGUGUUCUGUGUGUGACAGAUUGUGGCGUAGAAAUGACCUUUCCCUAAUUCCUGCCGCCUGUCACUUUGUGCUCCAAGAGAUAUUCCCCGGCGAAGACCUUUCAACAUUCCGUGUGUGCGCCACGUGUCUCCAAUCCCUCGCUAACAACAAGAUGCCCAACCUCUCGACUUCGAAUGGAUAUUGCUAUCCAGCGAACGCCGCUGGCUUGCCGCCACUAAACUUGGUAAGCGAGAGACUGGUUGCACCACGCAUACUCUUCUCGCAAAUUCGACGCCUCAUGCGUGGAGGUGGCCAGUAUGGCAUCAAAGGCCCGGUUCUAUAAACGUGGCUCAUCGUGUAAGCUCAUCACGCUUAAAUAAAUU